UAUUCUAAAGUGAAGAUGCUUAUACAAAAAUGUCAAGCGUUUUUCUUUAGUAACGCUUACGAAACCGGUUCUGCAGAGACCGCAAGCCAGAGUCACUGCGGUCAGUCUUCUGUCGACUGUGAGAAGGCGUGCAUCGAGCUGACGUAUCUUCGAGCGAUCGUAUAUUUUGUUCAGAUAACGCCGGUAGAGCUGAUAAUGCUGUUCUCUUGUUGCGUGGCGAUAGUCGCCAUUCUCUACAUUCUAUUCGAUGUAAAUUACUUUUUGAGAAUUAUCUUCACCAUCCUUUGGGGCAGACUUUUCGAGAAGAAAAAGAAACUCUUCGAUACGACAACGAUUUACGGAAUCUGCACCACUCAGGACGUUGACCUGAUCUUGAAGCACAUGAAUAACGCCCGGUACUUGCGCGAGUUGGAUUUUGCGCGAUUUUAUUUUUACGAUAAUUCUGGAAUUUACGCCGCGAUCGUAAAAAGAGGAGGCGGCGCUGUCCAAGGUGCAUCCACUAUACGAUAUCGCCGAGCGAUUCCUAUCUUUACACCAUACAAGGUUACGACGAAGCUUAUUUACUGGGAGGACAAGCACUUUUACGUAGAACAGCAGUUUAUCAGUCUCACGGACAAUUUUAUUCGCGCCAUCGUAUUAAGCAGACAAACUGUAACUGGAUUAAAGGUUCCGGUAGAGGAUGUAAUCGCCGAAAUGGAGCCGGAGACACGCAGGCCGGAGCCCACCAAAGAACUUCAAUUGUGGCUGGAGUCUAUGGAAGAAUCGUCUAAGAGUCUCAAGAAACAAAAGUGAAAGAAAUAAUUCUUUUUAAUGCGUUUGUUGUAUGCGUUUGUUAUUUAUUUAAUUUUUAUAUAUUACGGAUGAUUCUUUGCUACAAUAUGUAUGACUUUUUACAUAUAGGUUUAUGAGGUGUAUCUAAUUUUUCCGUCAUUAUACAUAUAGGUAGAUUAACGGCAGAUCUUUUUUAUGACAGGACGUUGUUUUUUAAAGCUUUUAAGUUAAAACGCGCGCGUUUUAAAAUUAGAAAUUAUAAUAUACAAUAUAUAAUUGUGUUACAUAUCUCGAUGUUGAAGUACAGUGUUGAGUAAUAUUUAAUUUCGAUUUAUACAUCGUAACACAAUUCCUUUGUUAUUGCUCUACAAUUAAUGAGGGCUAAAAUUUUAUUAAAUUUUAUUAAAUAUGUAUUAUACUCCUCUCAUCAGUUGUAGCGCGCUCGUAAUCUUAAAUGAAUGCGAUUAAUUUAACGGGGCAUUUAACAAUGAAUCCAAAAAUAUUUGUCGCACACUUAAACAAUGAAGUUCCUACUUUUAUCACAACGCUGAUAAAACGUUGAUACGAUUCUAAUGUUUGGUCAAUAAAUUUUUAUUUAAACAAA